AGUCCGCAUAUUAGAAACCAAGUUGUGGGGGAUGAUGGCGAGAAGUCGCGAUGGUGGCGACGUGAGGCCGUGACGUUUUUAAAAAAGUUCUAGCCGGCUGGCCGCCAGUGACAACAAACACACACGGGCCGUUGGUGGGGGAGAGAGAGAGCGAGAGUGCGCAGAAGAGGGGAUACAAGCUGCAGGUCCACUAUGGUGCGUGUGCAGGGGCUCGGUUGGGUCCUCCUGAGCGCCCUCCUGCACCCUGUGGCACCCUGGGGUGCUGCUGAGCGAGCCGGCAGACCGAGGCAGUGUGACGCGCCAAGGACGCAAAGCGAUAUGAACUCUUUCCUGUGGCGGGUAAAGCGUGCGCCUCCACACCCGCCAUCGUACCUUUUUGGCACCAUCCACGUGCCUUACACCCGGGUGUGGGACUUCAUUCCCAACAGUUCCAAGCAGGCUUUCCGCAGUAGCCACAACGUUUUCUUUGAGCUGGACCUGACAGAUCCGCUCACCGUCUCCAAGCUGACUAGCUGCCAGCUGCUUCCCCACGGGGAGAACCUGCAAACUCUACUACCUCGAGACCUAUACCGCCGCCUAAAACGCCACCUGGACUACGUGAAGCACAUGAUGCCUUACUGGAUGACGGCGGACCAGCGAGGGCGUGGCCUUUAUGCAGACUACCUAUUCAACGCCAUCGCCGGAAACUGGGAGAGGAAGAGGCCCGUGUGGGUGAUGCUGAUGGUCAACUCGCUCACAGAAUGGGAUGUGCGGUCCAGGGGGACACCGGUGCUUGACUUGUUUUUGGCUCAGGAGGCUGAGAGGAUGCGAAAAACAACAGGGGCAGUGGAGCGAGUGGAGGAGCAGUGUCACCCCCUCAAUGGCCUCAACUUUUCUCAGGUGCUGUUUGCCUUGAACCAAACACUGUUACAGCACGAGGGUGUCCGAGCAGGCAGUCUGCAGGGCUCCUACACCACCGAGGACCUCAUCAGCCACUACAACUGCGGGGACCUCAGCUCCAUCAUCUUUAACCAUGACACAUCGCAGUUGCCUCACUUCAUCAACAGCUCUCUACCAGCUCAUGACCGCAGCACGGCCCAGCAGAUUGACAGCUACUUCCGCCAGGAGCUGAUCUACAAGCGCAAUGAGCGUAUGGCACGCCGCGUGUCCACUCUGCUCCAGAGGAACCCCAACCAGACCUACUUUUUCGCCUUUGGUGCAGGUCACUUCCUGGGGAACCACAGCGUCCUGGACAUUCUCCGACAAGACGGUUAUGAGAUUGUUCACGUGAGGCCUGAUGACCCAGAGCAUGGGACACACAGUAAACCAGACAACGAGCCAGGCAUUGUCACAAGCACGACCCCUCCUACCGGCUGGCUGACCAGUCCAUCCGAGAUGGAGCUGGAAGAGCCCGGGAACAUCCCCGGCAUUGGACAAGAGGACCUGCCUCACAUGCUGCAGCCUGACAGCCUGAGCCAGCUGGAGGAGUUUGGACGGCACAAGCGUCCUCGCAAAGCUCACCGCGGACACGGCAGACCCCGACUCUUCAGUGACCUUUGGGUCCGUUUUGGAGACAGCACUGCCUCGCCACCUAAUGUGAGGAUAAUCAACGGUUACGUGACAGUGGAGCCUCCGCUAACCCACUCCCAGCCAAACAAACAUGUGGAAGUCCACUCCACAGAUAAACACCCACGUCCGGCAUCUUCCACGCCACCCAGUCCCACCUCAGCGCAACCACCUUCAGGCCACAGCUCACUGUCACUGACGUGGGCUUUAGCCUGGCUGCUAUCACACAUGCUGCUUUCCUCCUAACCUCAAGGCGGCAUCAUGCCUCCAGACAAAACUAGCAGUAGUGGAAUGUACCAAAACAACACAACAAAAGAAAAAAAAUAUCACAAUGCAGGAAUGUUUUUAGUGAAGCUGCCAAGCCCUUCAAAGUGAGUGGACUGCAAAUAUUAUAAGGACUCUAAACCACAGGGAAGAGACACAGCAACACAAUGGAGAGAUAUCCUAUUUAGAACUUGUGUAGUCACGACCAUUACAAAGCGUAACACGGUAUAGAAGUCUAUGAUUAACGUUGAUAUUGAGAAUAGAACCUAAUAACGACUAUAACUCUGUGAAAUAACACGGACAGAAACAGUGCUGUUUUAUUUUUAUUUUUUGUAAAUUGUGCAUUUUGUCCAUAAAGAAAUAUUGUAUAUUUAUUAUGUCUGAAAGAAAA